AUGAAUGCCUCAGUGUACGCAGCAUGUGCAGCAAGAUACGGCUCCGAUCCCAACUCCAGACCCUUCUCCACUAACCGCACAUCACCACUGACCGAGACUCUACAACCCGCUCACUUUCUUGCGGGGGCCUUCCAGCUCCAACACAACUUGUCCAAGCCCCAGGCCCGUCACCCGGUACCUCCGCUCCUCGUCCGCGUUGCGGGAAGCCAUAAGUAUCCGUACACUGCUGCACCCCCUCCCCGCCCCCGACCCACCGCGCGCGCUAGCAAGCACAACCACAUCUCCACGUUCCCCAAGUGGGCCAAAGGUGCGACUCGUGCCCGCCCCUUAUCUUUCCUCGGUGACAACGACGGCCCAAAUACCAUGCUUUCUCACGCCUCUACCUCAGCCGAUCAGUCCAUGGCCAGGCGCCGUGCUGAAGCAGCCCGCAAGAUUGACGACAUCAUGUCAAACCUCAACGGCUGA